UUUGCCAUCAAGAUCUGUAUCUUAUGUAUGCUCUGUAGACUGCGUUGAGUUGCUGUGAGAAGGCUGGAACCUCCUACUCUGGUUGUGUAUGUGAUUGUUGUUGCGGUUUGGUCCUCCUUUGCUUUCUCCGUUGUUCAGCCAGUGGCUCUGGGCCGGGAGUGUGGAGAGGAAGGAGAGCGCACCCAGAAGAGGGAAGAGGGACCUGGGUUGGAGGGAGCAAACAGGUAGGAUGGCCAAAGUUCCAGAGAGGACCUGUCGUCGGGAUGGCCCGUGGUGGGGUAUCGGGGGGGAAGGGGCUUUGUAUCAACGAGGUCACCUGUGGCAUCCAUGUUGAGGUACUAGGGGCAAAGGCAGCUGAUUGGUGGAGAGAUCAGAAGGGUUCUAGGUUGCUAAGGAAACGUUCAAACAGGGGAAGGUUUGGUGGAACUUGGAUUCUUCAUACCAACUGCUCCUGAGAAUUUACUUUACCUGCUAAUUUGUCCUGCUGACCUCGUGCUUUACUGACCUGCUGACCUCCUAACCUUUGUGAACCGUGCCCCUUCCCCUCCAAUACUUAAUCUGACCCUGACACUGUCCUUGACCCCUUCUUCUCCUGACCAACGCUUUCCCCAUCCUACCCCCUAUUUCCUCCCUAUUCCCAUCCUUAAUUACCACCCUCUCCCCUCCCCACCCCUCCCUACCCCUCCCACCCUUCCCUCCCCUGCCCCCCAACCAUCUUCACCUCCUCCCUGGGGCCACAGUGCCCCUUUAAAGGACAAGAACAUGAUGGUGCAAAGGCUACUCUUCUGGCUCCUCGUGUUCCCAUAUCCCAGUUCCCCAAACCCAACUCUUGUCCUUUCCUUGCCUGACCAUUUCUGUGUUGGCCCUGAUGUGAUUGAAGUUCUGUGGAAGCUUCUCAUCAUGACUGCCUGCUUGGGAGCCUGUGCCUUUCUCAUUUACCUGUGGAGAACCAUCCUCGCUGUAAAGCCUCGACAAUAUGAAGUUACUUUAGACCAAAUAAAGAUGAAUAUUGUUGAGCUGAAAAAGGAAAACAAAUAUCUUGGCACAAACAUAGCCAGUUGGGAGGAGAAGAUCAGGGAAGCAAAGAAAGCUCAAAGGAAGAGAGCACAUAAGGUUUCCCUUGCGGAAAUAAAUGAAUGCAAAGUCCAAGAUGAAUUGGAUGAUGAAGUGCCGAGAGCCUUGAGUUGCGAAAACCAAGAACUGAAAGAGAAGGAAAAGUUCCUGGAAGACCGCUAUAGUGCCCUGAGUUCUCAGAAAAUAGCUAAAGAAGCAGAAUUGAACCUGCUAAUGAAGAAAGUGGAUAUGAUGGUGGAGUUCACGGAACAACAAAAACGGACUGCAGAAGAGAAGUUAGAAGAGACCAUUAAAGAUCUGAAUGAAACCAGGAAUGAGCUGUCAGCUGCUGAGGAUACUCUGAAGGCGACUAAAGAAGAAAUGGAGAAGUAUCGACAACAAGUGGAAGACAUGCAACAUGAGCUUUCAGAGGCGGAGUUCACCUUCCAAGGCCAGAUCGCAGUGCAGGAGAGGAAUGCUGUGGCUAACUGGAUGAGGGCUCGGGAUUGGGAGAGGAGGAUAGUGCAGCAGAGCAGGGAGAACGCCUACCUGAGACACAGACUGCACAUGAUGGAAGGGGAGAUGCUGCCUGUGGGACCCACGUGGCGCGGACCGAUGCCGGGAAGGCCUGAGUUCCAGAAGCCUCUGUGGCAAGCACCUAGACCGGUUCCCAGGAUGAACAGCCGCACCGGCCCUCAAAAGGGCCCAGAGAUGCCUACGGUCGGUACAGGUGUGAGAGUGAUUCCUCCUUGCCCAGGGCCCCUCCGUAUGCCCUACCACGUGGGGCAGAAUAUACCAGGCUUUCCUCCUCCUCCUCCCCCUCCACACUGGGGGACCUGGGGGCCUCAGCCCCACCUCGUUCCUCCACCCCUCGGGCUUCCUUUCCACUCAGAAGCCUGUGCAGCUCCACGGGACAAUAGCAGCGCUGUGCCCAAGAAGGCCCCAGAGGAAAACCAAGCUAAUCAUUUUCUAAUUUGAAGACUUCCUUGACCUCCAACAACCAGGCUCCAAUGAGUUUUUAUUUAGUAAAAAUAUGAAUGCUUUCUGCCUGGUGGUCUGAGUGCUUUCCCUGCCCAUCCUCUCCCCUGUGCUUCGUCUCUCCUGGUAUCCCCCCAAUAAACCGUUCACGGUUCUGU